AUGUCGUUUGUCACCGACGUCCUCACGGAUCCUUCGAUUCCAGCUUCGGCACGACAGCAAGCCAUCAAUCGGAUCUACUCUGAUCCUGGCGUGCCUCAGAAAUCUUCAACCUCAUCAUUCUGGCUAAAAACUCCCCGAGCUUUUGAACCGAAUGGUCCAGGACUUCCCAGGACAAUUGAUGUGGUGAUCAUUGGAUCUGGCAUCACCGGAGCUUCCAUAGCGCGUUCCUUGCUUGAAAAUGCCGCCCCGCCAUCAAUUCUGAUGCUGGAAGCUCGCAGUAUCUGUAGUGGUGCCACAGGUCGCAACGGUGGUCACAUUUUGGAGACAGCAGAUGAGUAUUCCGAGUUGGCCGAUCUCUUCGGGGUUGAAGAUGCAAAGAAAAUCAUGCGAUUCCGACUGGCUCAUUUGGGCGAAACGCUGGCGGUUGCCAAAGAACUGGGAAUCGCCGAAGAAUCACAGGCACGCAAAGUACAAUUUUUGAGUGUUUACUUUGGCGAAGAGCCAUGGCAGGCGGCUCUAGAGCGCCUUCGUCGGUUCAAAGAAGAUAUGCCUGAAGAGGCUGCUGAGUGGACCUCAUUUGAGGGCGACGCAAUUCCCAAGCAUUUCCAUCUCGAUAGGGCACGCGGAAUCGUCGCUGGCCCUGCUGGUGCUCUAUGGCCUUACAAGUUCGUGACUGGCGUCCUCGCACAUCUGCGGGAGAAAUACCCCAACAAGUUCCGCAUUGAAGACCGCACGCCUGUGACGAAAAUCCAUGAGUUGGGCUAUCCAGCUCUACCCUACAAAGUCGAGACAGACCGCGGAGUAAUCUACGCCAGACAUGUUAUCCACUGCACCAACGCCCACGUCGGCCAUCUCGUCCCAGGCCUCCUCGGUCGCAUCUUCCCAGUUCGUGGUCAAAUGUCCGCUCAGACCCCCGGAAAUCUAUUCCCCAAUCAAGGAAAUGACCACUCUUGGAUCUUCAACUACGACCGUGGCUUCGAUUAUCUCACUCAGCUUCCCGAGGGGCAAAUGAUGCUUGGAGGGGGAUUCGCACAGGGCGAGCAUGGUGGAUUGGCGGACCUGGGAGUCCCAACGGACUCCGAUCUGAGCAUGUACAUUGACAUUCAUCUUUCUGGUGCUCUUCCCGCUAUCUUUGGACGCAAGGAUUGGGGCUGUGUUUCUGGCGAUCCGAUACAAGCCAUGUGGACGGGUAGUAUGGCGUUCACAUCUGAUGGGUUCCCGUGGGUGGGACAACUACCUGAGUCUGCGACAGGAAGGUCUAUUGGAAAAGAACGUGGCUGUGAAUGGAUUUCUGCAGCGUUUGGGGGUGAAGGGAUGGUUCAAGCGUGGCUUUGUGGGAAGGCGUUGGCCACAAUGCUGCUUGCCCAGGAUGGGAAACUGGAUCAGGGGGCCGAUUAUGAUCUUGAAUGGUUCCCGAAGCAGUUGCUUUCUUCAAAGGAGAGGCUUGAUGCUACGAAGCUUCCGCAAGAAGUUUCUGAUACUCCCCAUAGGGCUAGUCUGUAG